GACGGGAAGCAGAGGACAACGGCGGCGUGGGCUCCGCGGGAUGGCCGCACGCCCCCCAAGGUCGCCGCCGCAGCCCUUUCCGCAUCCGCAUCUGGGUCGCCUUCGUGUGAUUCGGCGGUCCUUGGUCGCCUCAACCGGAGGCGAGCAGACGAACUGAGCGAAACAUUCAUGCCAUCCAUGUCUCCGGAAGCGAAAGCGUCGACAUCUCGAUGAAAUGUGCGGUGCGAAUUCCCUUGCGGGGGACCUGCUUCACAUUUCACAACGCCAGGAACAAAUCAGGAUCCGGUGAAAGAGGGGAGCCAGCUGAACUGAGAAACACGUGUGGAUGAGGAUGACCGAACAAGCAGUCAAUGAAGAACAGAAACAUGCGGACAACUUGACAAGGACUACAACUGAUCCGUUGUGUAAUGCUUUGAUCAGCUGGCUAAACGUGUCUUGGCAGCCUGGAGAUCAACUAGCUGUCCGUGCUUCCACCGGCAUCUAGCAUGCUAAUUAAUUGAUCAUGAUAUGAAUCUGGAACUAAACUCGAUGGCCAUUCACCCGUGCAGGUCAGUUUGCCACCCAUAAUGCAGACAUGACAGCCUCGUAAUCAAGCUCAACCAGCGAUGCCUCUUGGGUUCAGUGGCUUCUGUUGCAGCUCACCACAGUCACACAUGAGAAUUAUUCUUGCUGUCUGCUUGUUCGGCUGUGAGGUUGCUCCAACCUCUUUCCCUAUAUAAAGAGGGAAGCCAAAGCUGGGAAGACACCAUCGUAGAAACUUGACUUCUCUUCCAUCUCCAGUGAAAACAGGCUUCAUAACUUCCUCUUCCAUUCCAAGCAUGGCCUGCCACCUGAGAUCCGCGAGUGUGCCCUCAAGCCCUCGCUCCAAUGGAACCAAUGUCGAGGAACACAUCCAGAGCCUUAAGGCAGCUGUCUCUUCUCCCUCUGCCACCAUCGAGACCAUAGUUGAUGGUCUGUCCAAGCUCGGGAACAUCUACAGCUGCAUUGAUGAGCUCAUAUGCUUUCCCAGCAGCCAGCGUCAACAGAGGAAGGCAGUGGAGGAGGAGCUUGAGCGCUCUCUCGUCUUGCUUGACCUCUGCAAGGCCAUCCAAGAGAGCUUCGCAGAGCUCAGGACAAGCCUCCAAGAGAUGCAAUUGGGUCUCAAGAGAGGAGACGAUGUGGCUGUUCAGGCCAAGGCUCAGUCUUAUGCCCGUUUGGUCAAGAAGGCGCAGAAGCAGCUCAAGAAGAUCAAUAUCAAGGUUGUUCUUGACACUGAUAGCUGUAGAGUGGUCAAGCUAUUGUCUGAAGCAAGAGAGAUUGCUCUAUCGAUGCUGGAAUCGACAUUAUACCUCCUAUCAAAGGAGAUCCUGAUGCCGAGUGCUAGCAAGUGGUCUCUUGUGUCCAAGGCAUUCCAGAAGAAGAGAGUCGCGUGCAAGGAGGAGCAAUUGCAGGUCUUAGAGUUGGAGAUUGUUGAUCUUGAGAGCGAACUCCAGAUUGUGUUCAGGAGACUGAUCCAAUGCAGGGUCUCGCUUCUCAACACUCUUAGUAUGUAGAAAGAUCCUACACCAACUCAGGUUCCCUGCGAUUA